CAAACACGCACUGGCUCCCGCGCCCCGAAAACGUUGGGAGGCAGAGUUUGGAGGCAGGAAAAGGGGCCGAAGGGGCGGGCUGCGCGAGCGAGCACCUGCUCGGCUGCUCUCCGGGCGGUCCGGGACGGGCUGGGUGCGGCGGGCUGGCGGCCGGGAGGAGAGGCUCGUCCCACCUGGGCCCGAGCGCCACCCGCCCAGAGCCCGCCGGGCGUGCAGCCAGGGCGGCCGAGGGGCGGCGCGGAAGGGCGGAGGGCCGGGGCCGGGGGCGGGGGCUGCGGCGGUCGCGGGGUGUGGAGCGCGGCCCGGAGAUUCUGGCUGGGUCGGGUCGCAGGUGUCACCGCAGCUCUGGCCAUGAGGACCCUGUGGAUGGUGCUGUGCGCGUUGACACGACUGUGGCCUGGGGCCCUGGCUGGCUGCGCAGAGGCCGGGCGCUGCUGCCCUGGUCGGGACCCAGCCUGCUUCGCCCGCGGCUGGAGGCUGGACAGGGUCUAUGGAACAUGCUUCUGCGAUCAAGCCUGCCGUCUCACCGGGGACUGCUGCUUCGACUACGACCGGGCGUGUCCAGCUCGCCCGUGCUUCGUGGGAGAAUGGAGUCCCUGGAGUGGCUGUGCUGGUCAAUGCCAGCCCACCACGCGUGUGCGCAGGCGUUCAGUGCAGCAGGAGCCGCUGAACGGAGGGGCACCCUGCCCACCCCUGGAAGAGCGAGCCGGCUGCCUGGAGUACACCUCAUCGCAGGGCCGGGACUGCGGGCAUUCCUUUGUUCCUGCCUUUAUAACCAGCUCUGCAUUCAACAAGAAGAGAACAAUACAAGCCGCUUCUCCACAGUGGUCUACACAAACUGAGGAUGCUGGAUACUGUAUGGAGUUCAAGACAGAGUCCCUGACUCCGCACUGUGCCCUGGACAACCGUCCGCUGACUCGAUGGAUGCAGUAUCUCCGAGAGGGAUACACGGUGUGUGUGGACUGUCAGCCUCCAGCUAUGAAUUCUGUGAGCCUGCGUUGUUCCGGAGAUGGCCAGGAUUCCGACGGAAACCAGACUCUUCGCUGGCAAGCCAUUGGCAAUCCUCGAUGCCAAGGGACCUGGAAGAAAGUGCGGCGGGUGAACCAGUGCUCCUGUCCAGAAGUGCACCGCUUCAUUUUCAUAUAGAGCGCCUCGGAGGCACCGCACAGUGCGCUUACGGUGGGCUGAGUACUGCCAACCUGAGCUCAGCCCUCAGAAGCCCUCAGAAACUGUGCCAAGUCCCCGGACACGCUCCAUUGCCACACUUCGCUUCUGAGAAAGAAAACUUAGGGGUAGUUCUCAAGGAUCACAGCCUCUUUGUUUUUAUUUUUACUGAGUUAAAGAACCAUACUAAAAGCUCCUAUGGCCUUGACCUUAAACGUUUGGCCACAGAACGCACGUCUGUUUGUACUAGAAUCACUACUAUGGGCUCUAGUUUGGGUAAAGUUGCUGUUUAAGGGUAUCUAUGUAUUUUGCCAUUAUUGGUUUUUUGUUUUAUUUUUUAUUUUUUAAAUUAAAGACUGAAUCUCACUAUGUAGCCUGGAACUCACGCUGUAGAUCAGGCUGGCCGCUAAUUCCUAGAUAUUCAACUGCCUCUGCCUCCCUCGUAAGUGCAGGCACUAAAGGUGUGUGCCAGCCCGCCCAGCUAUUCUUUGCCUUCAGUCUUUUUUUGCAGUGGGGGGGCAGUGUUUCUGUGCAGCCCCAGCUGUCCUUGAAUGCAUUCUGUAGAGCAGUGUGGCAUCAAACUCAGUGAUCCACCUGCCUCUGCCUCCUGGGCACUGGGGUAGAAGACAUGCGCCAUCUAUUCUUAAAAGGUUCUCGCUUAAAAACAAAAUCUACACGUGACUCUUACACAUAGUGUUCCCGUGUAUUACCUUACAAGUUGUCAACUAAUUUCAAGUCAACUGUCACAAAUAAUCUUCCACAGAGAAAGGUGUUAAAAUUUCAAUUGGUGUUUGGUAGUGAAAAGCUAGUGCCCAUGAUAAAGACAUUUUUCAAGAAGAAAUUUUCCUUGGUUAGUUGAAAAGAGCAAACAGCCAUGGUAGAUCGAUAGGAAUUGCUUAAAAUUUUACAAUUUCCCUGAAAUUUUGGCACCAAUGAAGGAGUCAGAUACUUUAUUUCUAAGUACUCUUUCAUCAUGCAUAUCUAAGAUUGUUUCCAAAAUUUAGUUCCCAAAGCAGAAUAAGACAAUCUUUUAAUGUCCAACUUCACGUUUAGUUGAGAUGUACUUACUAAUUUUCUUUGUACAGCACAUGUUUGGGGUGAGAUGCAGAGGUACAUAUGGUAGGAGGCAUGGAUCUUCCUCUAAGUGUUAUGAUCUCAUACACAGGCAAUAAAACAUUACUAGCUUUACCUUACGGUUGUAGCCAAAUGGCACGAUGUGCUUUCAGAUCUAGGAUAGCAAGCUAUUCUGCGGUCAUCUGUGGAGGCUGGUCCAGGUUCUCAUCCCAGGCUCUGCUUCAGAAGAGAUCCUGAGCAUGCUCCAGACUCCAGCCUAGGACCUCAGUCGGGUUUUGUUUUGAAAGUUUUAAAUUGAGGAUAUUUUCUUUUAAGAAUUGAAGCAGUAUUUAAAAGGUUUAAUUACUUUGGUCUGAACUAAAUUGCAUUCACUAACAUGGUCAACUGGAAUGUGUAUUUUUGGCACUGAUCAUGUGAAGGCCAGCAGCAAGCUUAAAGGGGUGGCAAACAUCUCCAGUAGGAUUUGCAACUGUAUUUUCAUUUAACUGCCAAGGCUGUUUUCAUGGAAAACAAAACAAUAAAAUAAAACAACUUGAAUUUUGGGGCUGGAGAGAUGGCUCAGGUGAGAGGGUACUCAUUACUCCUGUAGAGAACUGGAGUUUGUUCCCAGCACCCCUGGAGGAUGGCUCAUAACGGCUUGUAGCUCCAGGAUGUUUGGUUGGGCGCUCAGAGCAUAAGCAAUCAGUUAAAUGUAGCAACAGAGACACACAAUUUUUAGUUCUGGAUGAGAAAUACAGCUCACCUCUCUUCCUUCCCAAUAAAUUAUGCAGAUAACAUAGGUGAACAGAGAGGAGGCAGUUUCAACUCAGAACCUCUGAAUGCAUCCCCACCCCGUCAUCCCCGCACAAGGUCUCAUGUAACUCAAAUUGGCCUGGAACCCACUAUUUAGUUGAGGACGGCCUUGAACUUCUGAUUCUCUGCCCUCCAGCUCUCAGGUGCUAGCAUUAUAGGUGUGCAUCCUCACUCUAGGUUUUGGUGCUGAGGACUGAACCUAGGAUAUUGUGCACGCUAAGAGCCCCAGCGAACUGGGACACGCUUUGAAGACUGCAAGAACAUUUUACAGACCAGAAAACAAGAGUUGGAUGAAGUGGCGGGAACUUAUUUUUAUAUCAUUUAGAGAACAUGGAAUCAGUGGCGGGAACCUUUCUUCUGAAAGGCAGAUCUCUCUCAGUUCAGGGUGACUUCUUGAGGGUCCUGUUUGCUGAGAGAAAAUUAGGUCGUCUAGAGAGGAACAAAGAUCCUUGAGGAGGCAGACUCUCUUCAGCAUCAGUGGGUGUUGUAAAUCUGACAGAACAAAACCUCUAAGCUCUGGGAGAAAAUACAUUUGAAGCCAGACCAAUGUCACUGAGUAAGCAUGACAGCAAGACUCAGCCUUGGGCCGGACUUCGGGAGCACUUCCCUAUUAGAUGGCCCCACUUCUACCGAGUCAGGUUCUGAAGAGACAGAAAUGAGAAGAUACAAGCAUAAGGCAGUCACAGGAUCAGAGAAAUCCAUCAUCAGAGACUGAGAAUUCUUUAAGGUCCACCAAGGGCUGGCUCAUUGGAUUUCUCUAAGGAGCAUCACACCAGACACAGAACAAACGUCUAGGAUAUCAAAACA